AUGUCGGGUCUCCAGGACGACUGGGCCGCGGGGGUGGGGUGGCAAGCUGGGCGGCGCCGGGGCCGAGGAGGCGAGCGGGACCGACACCGCGACCCUCGCCCGAAAGCGCCCGCCCGAUCCCCGGAGCGCGAGCUGGAACCUCGGCGGGCGGGCGGCACCCCGCAGGCGGCGGCGCCUCUCAGGGGUCGUCCCCAUGCAGCUGGCGGAGAAGGUGUCAGCCAGGUGCGGCGACUCGGCGGCCCGGCGGCCCAGGUGGGCCUGGGAGCGGCGGUGCCCGGGGCCUUCGACGACGGUCGCGUCCCCAUUGCCCUGCCGCGCAGCGCGCCCUGGCCCGGCCUCCAGAAAGGCCUUCGUGCACGUGGGGGCCUGGCCCGCGCGGGCCCCGCAGGCCGCCGCUGCCCGGCUCACUCCCGCCUUCCUCCCCGCGCCUGCUCUAGCUCCGUGAGUCUCGCCGAGGUGUGGGACCAGAGGGCGAUCGGGAGCUACCACGAGCUGUUCGCGGCCUCGUUGGGCAACCUGGAAUGGUUGCGGUUCUGUCUAAAUCGGCACCGGGGGAAAAUCCCGGCCGAUGACAAGGGUUUCACUGCCAUCCACUUUGCAGCCCAGAGCGGCAAGCUUGCAUGCCUGCGGGUCUUGGUAGAGGAGUACAAGUUUCCCGCGGACCUGCCCACCAACAAUGGCCAGACACCUCUACACCUUGUCAUCCGCAGUGACAACAAGACCACGGCCCUGCCCUGCAUUCACUAUCUGAUUAAGCAAGGGGCGGCCCUCAACACUCAGACAUGCAACGGCUCCACACCCCUGCACCUGGCAGCCCGCGAGGGCCUGCUGAGCUGUGUGAAGGUCCUGGUGCAGAAAGGUGCCAAUGUUCAUGCCCAAGAUGCCAUGGGCUGCAAGCCCAUCGACUACUGCAAAAUAUGGAACCACCGCAUCUGUGCCCGGUUCUUGAAGGAUGCCAUGUGGAAACAGGACAAGAAGGACUUUGCCCAUGAGAUGGGGAAACUGAAGAGGCUCAAGAACCAGCUGGCCCUCAUGGAGGAGGACUACCUGACUGAGUAUCAAAAAGAGCACCAAAUUCUGAGAGAAGCUGCCUUCAAGAAGUGGCUCCAUCGCAAGCUGCCGCCCCAAGGCCCAUCCCUGAGCCGCGACACUCAGGGAGAGCCCCAUCCUCCACCCCAGGCCACCGUGCUCUCCAAGACCCCCAGGCACGGGGCACUGCGGCCUCCCAAGAGUUUCUACCCCUCCCAAGAGGCGCGCCUGCAGCAGGCACUGCAGCCCAGUCAGCCCUCGGUGAUGCCUAUACCCACCUGCAAGCAGCUCAUGGUCAGGCGGCCCAAGGUGUGGAAUCUCAGCAACAGCCCUGUCAGGUCCCCCGCCGCCCAGAUUGGCUACCCGCAGGGCACCCGCCUGGGCGUGCAUCCCGACCCCAGGCCGGAGCACGACUUCCGCUGCUUCCUCGAGGUGAGGUCCGACGGGCACGGCGGUGCGCUCCUGCGCACGGUGGCCGGCAACCAGGUGGCGCCUGUGCCCCGGCUGCCUUUAGAGGUGAUAAUCCGUGAGCUGUACCCGUCGCUGCAGCCGUGCAGGAUGAAGGUACCCCAGGGCUUCUGUUCUGUCACCAUAAGAGAGGUGCCCCGGAAGCGGCGCCUGGGCGAUGGCACCUUCUGGACCGACACUCUGAGCAUGAACCUGCGAGAGACGUUUGACGAAGGCUUCCUGGCAGCCGUGCGAGCCCAUCAAGGGCUCCCCACUCUGCCCUCCCCCAAACUACCCCCCACUUAAACUUAUUUUGGUAGCCUCCCGACUGGAGGCUGCCCAGUGAAGGCUGAGGUGUGGUGAUUCUGUAUGGAUGGGGAGGAAGGGGAGUGCCCACAGGCUGCCCACCCCCAAGCUCAAGGAUCGGAGCCCCCUCCCUGACAAAACCCAGCUCCCAGGUCUCCCUUCUCUCCACAAAGGAAUCUCUUGGACCCCCCAGGAGAUCCAAGUUAGGGCAGUAGCCCAAGGCUCAGAGUGGGGAUCCUCCUCUAUCCUGGGCCUUACCAUUGUAAAAGUGACACCUUGGUGUCCCCAUUUCCCUUCCUCACACCCAACAGCUCACCAGGGACAAGGAUUCCAGGAUGAGGGACCACUGGGAAAUUCUGCCUCUUGUUCAUAUUAAGUCCUUCCUGCUGCAGGUUCUAAGCCUCACUCUGCACCUCCAGAACAGGGAGGAAGACAGCUAAUGUGUCACCCUGCCAUUGGCUUCCCUGCCACUAUGGGCUGCCAUCCUUCAUACCCAGCUGCCACUGGGGUUUCUGCAGCACAGGGAGGCACAGGCAGCCUUUCUGGAGAAGGGAGGGAGGACCUAUGGCUUCAGUUUGAGACUGAAAGCACUUGUACUUUCUCCAGGAAGCUAUCCUGGGUCCCCUGCUAUCCCCUGUACACACCACUACA